AUGUCUCAAGAUAAUUCUACAAAUUCCAAUAACCGUUUCUCAGCACUUUUCACAUCUUCAUUUCUGCAACCACACCAAUACAAUGGAACACCACCACCACCAUAUCAGUCUGUGUCUCCAUCCUCUCCAAUGCCCCGUUACAGUGGCGACACCAAUGAACCUGGAGACGACGACAGAAUUAUCAUUGAUGAGAAUCAAAGCAUUAAUGAACACGAAUUAUUGUCUGAUAGUGAGCCAGCUAUUAGCGUAAGCCUCACCUCAACAUAUAAAAUGGUACCUAAUACGGGGUCUCAAGAGCUAUUAUGUAUGGCUUCACUUGUAACGAGUGAUUAUGUUCCAGACAAUGCAAAAGAUACCAGUUCGCAUGCCGAUAUUGUUCUGGUGUUAGAUGUUAGUUCUUCGAUGUCUGGGGAUAAAAUUAAUCUUCUUAAAGAAAGUUUAAGUUUUAUCGUCAGUGAGCUUUCACCAAAAGAUCGUUUGUGUUUGGUAACUUUUAAUACUUAUGCAAAACGUAUCACUCCAUUAUUAUUGGUUAAUGAAGAUAAUAAAAGUAAAUUUUAUCAAGCUAUUCGAGAUUUGAGAGCUAAUGGUGGUACUAAUAUUGGAAAUG